GUCACCUUUCGUCAAUGGGUUUCCUCAAAGCCGAUUUAAUUCUCCAGAUAUGAGACGCAGGAAACGCAGAACGUAGUUGACGAUCUCUGCAUCUUGCUUAGCUCGCGACCCUGGACUUUCACAGAUUUUAGGUUUAGGGUUCUUCCUUCAAUCCAAAAUCGAGAUUUCAAUGAAUGUCUGUGUCGGUGGCGAGCUUUUCUUUUCUUCUUUUGUGGUUAUAGAGUUCUUAUGACUCGUUAUCAUUCUCUUUCCUUACUUUAUGGGUCAUUUUCUUUAGAAUUAAAGAGCGCGCUUUUGCGUAUUUUCGCGGUAUUUUUUUUUCUCUUUUAUAUCUUCAACAUUUUUCUCCGGAUAUAUAGUAGUACAUCGAAACAUUUCGGUCUCCAGAAACGUUUUCUUGUUUUAGCCUCCCGAGUUGGAGUCUGUGAAUUUUUGUGAUCCGUGGACGUUGAUUUUGUUGAUACAAGGUUUUCGUUUGAAUGAUCUUCUAAAUCUAGAGGCAAAUUUGGCAAACAUUAUGGCUCCCGCUAGACUUGAUGGUUCGAAGCAAUACUAUGCUACUAGUAGCCUUGUUGUUGGAUACGCUCUUUGUUCGAGCUUGCUCGCCGUCAUUAACAAGUACGCCAUUACAAAGUUCCCCUUCCCCGGUCUUCUUACGGCAUUGCAGUACUUAACCUCUGUUCUGGGGGUCUGGGUUCUUGGUAAAUUAGGGUUUCUGUACCAUGACCCAUUCACAUUGGAGACCGCUAAGAAAUUCCUGCCUGCUGCCACUAUUUUCUACCUCGCAAUCUUCACCAACACAAAUCUGCUUCGUCACGCCAAUGUGGAUACCUUCAUUGUUUUCAGAUCAUGUACGCCCCUUUUGGUUGCCAUGGCGGAUACCGCGUUUAGGAAACAGCCAUGCCCGUCGAAGCUCACUUUUCUUUCUUUGUUGAUCAUAUUGGGUGGCGCGAUUGGUUAUGUGGCAACUGAUUCAGCAUUCACCCUCAGUGCUUACUCGUGGGCAUUCGCUUAUUUGGGGACCAUCACUACAGAGAUGGUUUACAUUAAACACAUGGUCACAAAUCUUGGGUUGAACACCUGGGGUUUUGUAUUGUACAACAAUCUGCUGUCUUUGAUGAUGUCGCCCCUGUUCUGGGUUCUAACCGGAGAGUAUGUUGAUGUGCUCUCUUCUGUUGGAUCAAAUUCCGACAAUUUGGUGGAACCAGGUGCAACUUUCGCAGUAUCCUUGUCUUGUGUUUUCGGCUUGCUCAUCAGUUUCUUCGGGUUUGCUGCCAGGAAAGCAAUCUCUGCUACAGCAUUUACAGUCACAGGGGUUGUUAAUAAGUUUCUCACUGUUACAAUCAAUGUGUUGAUUUGGGAUAAGCAUGCUAGUUCAUUCGGCUUGGUUUGCUUGAUUUUCACUAUUGUUGGAGGAGUCCUUUAUCAACAGUCUGUUACCGGGGGCUCUCCCAUACAAAGUGAUUCUGCAUCAUCUAAGUAAGCGGUUGGUGGGGAUGAUGACAACGAUUCUAGAGAUGAAAGUCAAGGAAAAGGUGGAUCUGAGAAGUCAAGGAAAAGGUGGAUCUGAAUAGCAGAUCUUCAUCUCUUCUUUCUGCUCAUUUUCCCCUUCUUCGGUUUCUUGCUCUCUCGGUGUACAAAGCAUCUCGGAUUCUUGGUCUGCUUAGCUCGUUGUAGAGAAGAUUAAUUAUACUCAUAAGGAAUUUUGUGUGGGCAUUGUGACAUCUAGAUUGCUUUGGAAAAGGAUUUUAUUGGCACGAUAGCACGUAAUGGAAAUAUUGUACCUGUUGAUGUGUGGAUAGUUGGAAGAAAGUAUUGUAUACAACUAAAGAUCGUGCUUGGGGUUUUAUCAAGGAUAAGUUUGAUGUUUUAGAUGAUCGUAAAGAAUGGUGUUUAAAGGACCUAAAUGCAAAAUGGAAGCAAUGGAAAUGCAUUCUAUAUCCGGAUUUUUAUAAGCCUGAAGUUCCAAUAGCAGAACAACUUACUCCUCCAAUGGAUCGUGUUGUUAAAGAACAGUGGGUAAAUUUGCUUCAAAUGUGGCAAUCAGAAAAAAUUAAGACAUUUAGCAAAGUAAAUAAAAGCAGUCGUGCUUUGAAGAAAAUAAACCACUGUGUAGGAACAAAGCGAAGAUCGAAGUUUAUGAUCCAAAGCAAAGGUCGUGAGUAUGAUGCAAGUGCAUAUAAUCAACUAUUCAGAUGCAAUGAGGAUAAUUUUGUUAAUUCUCUUUUCAUUUUUUGGUGAUGAAAAAAAUUUAUUAAAAGUGUGUAUUGAACAAAGACUACUAUGAAUGUUUUGUAUAAGUCUGUACAGGUUUUAUCAUACAAGAACAGGUGAAAUUAUUAUUAUUA